AUGGCUUCAGACGGCUUGACCUUCCCGCAGCUCAAGGUGCAGGACAUCGUCCAGCUCCUGGCGCAGAUGAACAUCCAUGUCAAGGCAUCGGAGAUCAAGGAGCCGAAUCCCAUGCAAAUUCGCAAUAUCUACAAGGCCAUCCUUGAGGACAUGUGGCGUCUUCAACCCACCGACGGCCUCGGCAAUCAGCUUCCCUUUACAGCCACCGAGGCGUUUGAGCACCCUGAACUCUACGACGGUGCCAUCCAUGGCUUUCUGUGGGACAGCGCACUGAUCAAGGUGAUGCACAAGAUUGGUGCGGAAGAUUUUUCCCUCAGUGACAUUCAACACCCGACCUUCAAACGCGUCAAAACCCAUCUUUCGGCCCUGCUCAACUUCUUCAAGUAUUUCUUGACCAUCCGCGAUGAAGCUGACAGCUUGCAACAAGAGCAAGAAACAACAGUGGAGGAUAUCGAAAAACUACGAGAUGAGAUUGAGGGGAUUGAACAGAAGAUCACGCAGGUGGCAGCUCGCCGUGACCGAGAGGCAACUCAGUUUCGUGAGGUAGAGGCUGAAGUCAAGCGGCUUCUCGAAGAGAUCAUGUCGCUCAACGACGAGCAAAACCAAAUUCAAGCCCGGAUCAAGGAGCAAAAGCGCGAGGCUGCCGAAGCCACGGAUAAGCUUUCAAAGCUUUCCUUUGAAGCUGAAACCCAAUUUCAAGAGCGCAAUGUUGUGCAGUCACAGAUUGUCGGGUCCCCCGAUCGCAUCAAGCGCCAAAUCGUGGACAAGGAAAAAAUGCUGCAGGACAUGAAGCAACGUGUCACUGCACAUCAAAACAAGCUUAAGCUGCUGCGCAACAAAACAGAAUCAUUUCAGGACUGCAAGCAGGCCUUGGAGAAUGUUACACGCCAGCUCAAUGAAGGACUCAAAUACAAGCGGGCUUCGACCAUGAGUGCUGACGCCGUGGCGCAGCUUGAAUCUCAGGCGCUAGCGCAGAAGGGCUUGCUACAGAGCCUGCACAACAACGAGCAACAGCUGCAACGUCAAGUGCAAAUGGCCAAGGAACGCUUCAGUCGCCUAUCAAAGCAACAGAGUCAAAAACGGAACCAGAAUGAUCACUCACUCUCGCAAGUGCGCGCUGAGCGUGAGGCAUUGGAAAUGGAAGAGAAAGAAAAUCAGACCCAGAUUGAGCGCCUCGUUGAAGAGUGCGAGGAUCUGGAGCUCUUGCUCAGUGAGCUGCAAAAAGAACACGAGCAGGUGACCCUCGAGCAAAAGGCCAACUUCAAUGAAAUUGUUUCUGUGAUUGAAAACUUUGAUGGUGACCUACGUGCCAUGUGUGCGCAAUGA